GCACGGAGUUCCCACCAUACGAGCGCACAAGCGCGCGAGUGAGUGAUCGCGUGCUGUGCUGCAGCUGGCAGGAGCGCGCUCAUACACACGCACCGGAGAUCGGAUCAUGUAGCGCGUUCGGUUAUCGGUGUUUUAUUGCUUUUAGCGCUCGACGGCUCGUUUGAUCCGGAUCUGAUGGAGCGAGCCGCUGCGACGGUGCCCGAGGCCGGAGGAUGUGCUGCGCUGACGGAGGACGCGGACGCGGUGAUCGGCGCGGGAUGCGGGAUGGAUGCUGGAGAUCUCGACGCUGUUAAGAAGGCCUACUUAACCGAGAUGCCGUCUUCCUCCUGUCACCCCAGCUUUGGUCCGGAGAAAAAGAUCGGUCACAGGCGUGUAGAUGCAUCUGGUGAGACCACCUACAAGAAGACGACCUCGUCUGCCCUGAGAGGAGCCAUUCAGCUCGGGAUCGGCUACACCGUCGGUAACCUGAGCUCUAAACCCGAGAGAGAUGUGCUCAUGCAAGACUUCUACGUGGUGGAGAGUAUUUUCUUUCCGAGUGAGGGCAGUAAUUUGACCCCAGCACAUCACUAUCCAGACUUCCGGUUUAAAACAUACGCUCCUGUGGCGUUCCGCUACUUCAGAGAGCUCUUUGGGAUUCGACCUGAUGACUAUCUGUAUUCACUCUGUAAUGAACCCUUGAUCGAGCUGUCAAACCCCGGCGCCAGUGGCUCCAUUUUCUACGUCACUCGUGACGAUGAGUUCAUCCUCAAAACCGUCAUGCACAAAGAGGCUGAAUUUCUGCAGAAGCUGCUGCCUGGAUACUACAUGAACCUGAAUCAGAACCCCCGCACCCUGCUGCCCAAGUUCUUCGGUCUGUACUGCGUUCAGUCUGGCGGGAAGAACAUUCGUAUCGUGGUGAUGAAUAACGUACUGCCACGUGCAGUGCGCAUGCAUCUUAAGUUUGACCUCAAGGGCUCCACGUGCAAGCGCCAAGCCUCCAAGAAAGAGCGAGAGAAAUCCAAGCCCACCUACAAAGACCUGGACUUCAUGGAGGACGUCCCAGAUGGACUUCUGCUGGAUGUGGACACAUACAAUGCCCUGGUCAAAACGCUACAGAGAGACUGUCUGGUGUUGGAGAGUUUUAAGAUCAUGGACUACAGUUUGUUGUUGGGGGUUCAUAAUGUGGAUCAGGCGGAGCGCGAGCAGGAGAUGGAGGGGUCUCAGGGCAGCAGUGAUGAAAAGAGACCCACCGCUCAGAGAGCACUUUACUCCACCGCCAUGGAGUCCAUUCAAGGAGGAGUUUCCUGCAGAGACUCUAUAGACACUGAUGACACAAUGGGAGGAAUCCCUGCCGUCAGUGGUAAAGGAGAGAGACUCCUGCUUUUCAUCGGCAUUAUAGACAUCCUUCAGUCCUACAGACUCAUUAAGAAGUUGGAGCACACGUGGAAGGCUUUGGUACAUGAUGGGGACACGGUGUCAGUUCACAGGCCGAACUUCUACGCUGACCGAUUCUUCAGAUUCAUGAGCAGUAAUGUGUUUAAGAAAAGCACAUCACUCAAGGCUUCUCCUGCGAAGAAGGGGCGUGUGGCCCUCAACGUGCCCAAAUUCAGUGGCCCCGGGGCGGCCUGGUCCGCCUGUCAGCUGCCGUCAGAGAGAGACGAGAAUAUCUAUGAUCUGAGAGCAGCUCGCAGUUUCCCCGUGCUCGAGAAUGAUGGCCGGCAAUCCUGCACUCCACCAUCGUUUGAGGAAGCGACUACAGCAUCUGUGGCCACGACUUUGUCCUCAAACACAUCUAUAUCGAUCCCCGAACGCUCCCCAUCAGACACCACAGAACACCCGCGCUACAGGAGGCAAACUCUGUCAUUCAGAGAAGCUGAGAGCAGGACACAGGAAGUUGUGGAUGUACACGAGGAAGACCAGCAGACGAUCACUGUACAGGUGGAGGUGAAGAGAGCGAGAGAAGAGGAGGAAGACGAGAGAGCAGAAGAAGAGAGAAAUGAACCAGACAUCUCUAUGACUCGCACUCCAGAAAACAAGGUGUCACAGGAAGUUGAAGUUCCUUCUCAAGCGUGCGAGACUGUAGUUAUUGAUGACGUUGUCAUAGAAUCACCUGCCAUACCAUCAGCAUCAGUUACCCAGGAAACUGUCUCCCAGGCAACACUUCCUGAUGACACAAUCACCCAGCCGACAGUUCCCCAUGAAUCAGCUUCUCUGACCGAUGCAGGGACCCUCAAAACAGCUCCUGAACCAGUGGAGCAGACCCUGGUACCGUGCUGUUCCAGUCCAAACUCUGAGCGCCCUGAUUCGGACAGACCGAUGUCAGAGUCACAAAGCCGAACGUCGCUAGAGGAAGAGAUCGGACCGGCCACUGACAUCUACUUUUAUGCUGAAGGCAGAUACUGGGUUUACUCUCCCGUCCUACAGCGGAGAAAGUUCAGUUCCUGCAGCGUUCCUCCAGAGGAGAGGAGUUGGGUGUAUUCGCCCCUGCAUUACGGCUCAGAGCCUCGUCCCAUGUCCGAUGGUGAAAUUGAAACAUAAACUGGAUGUACAGUAGAUGUUUGCUGUAGGUGAUGUGAUGGCGCUCGUGUAAGGUCAUCUCCUCUGGGACUGAAGCGGUUGUGCUGGUGACCAGAUUUCCAGGAUGGAUUCUGCUCUUCUGAGCCUAAUGUAGAAGCUUCCAGAUAAAUCAUAUUCCUUUUCUGUCCAGUUCCUGCUCACUUCCCCUUAAAUCAACGUUUUCCCUCUGAAAAUCCAGUGUGUUUAGUUAACAGAACAGUUUAACGUGAAGACAGUUUAUCAACUAGGAUAUGCAUGUGCGACUUCCUGAAAUACAUCGCAACAUUUUGCAUCAUACAUGCUGUGGCUGCUGUCCACUCACAAUGUAGAAGACCCAUAAUGCACUGCAACCAGACUGACGAACUUUCUUCAAUCAUUCUGUAAAAACAGUGUGUCCAUUCCUCAUAGCAAAUCAACUGUUCCCGAGCUGUUUUGUCGUUUUGGCAAUCCUGAAAUUCAUGCUAUCAGCAACACGGAGCUGUUCAUUAUGCAGAUAUUACUUUUUUUCUGCAAGUCAUAUGUGAUUGCAUAUACAUACAUUUCAUAUUUUUAUUUUGUGUACGUCAGAGCUCUUUGAAAUGGAAAACAGUUUGUGCAAUUAAAUUACGCUGUAAAAAUGUCAGCGUUUGAGACUGAAACCAGUACAUCAGAAGAUCCAGAACAUAUUGCCUGGGUCUCAACCCUGUCAUCUACAAGUAGGGAUGUGCAAAACUUCAUAUUUUCAAAAUCGACUAUUUGGUCUUAAGGAAGCUCUGUAUAUUCAGGCUUUUUAAGGCUCAACAGGUACAAUCAGAUGUGUUUGUUUAGGGGCGUUCACAAAGGCGGAACAGAAUGCAGGGGAUUUGAGAUGCGGUUUUUAAAGUUUCAAAACUGUGAGACGCUGAUUAAACAGCAAGACGCGAUCCAUUUGCACAUGUACAUAGACCAGCAAAUAAAAACAUAUUUGAAAUCCGACAAUAAUUGUCUUACAAAUUGAUUGUUGAAAGCAGUGGAUUUGUUACAAAAGCACUGCUUCAAUGGCUAUAGCAGUGGUGCUUUAAAAGCGAUACAUUUUGUAGUUUUAGCAUGCUGACUGUCCAACAAUUACUGUUAAGGCUGGGGUAUACGUUGUUUUUCUGCGUGCCGUUGCGUUUUGUGUGCAGUCAAGCGCUUAGCCUCUUAAAGUAUUGUCUUUUGACCGGUAGCCCAUACGGAGUGUUCGACGCACAUGUACCAACAUCUACUUUUAAUCACCGCUGCUAACUAAAAGAAAAAGUCUUGAUGGAGUCAUUAGUCGACAUUACUGAUUUACAGAGCCCCUUAGAGGACAGGGCAGGAUUGUUUGUUUUUUUUAAUAAUUUUGCAUUCCCUUGCAAAACAUUUCCCAUGGAAAACUAUGGUAAUAAAAAUCAUAAUUUUGAGGUUAUUGUGGUUUUACUACAAAUAUUUGUAAAAAAGCAAUUGCGCUGUACAUAUUAUUGCGAUCAGUAAAAACGUCAAACUCAUCAAAGAGUCAAGUGUCAUAUGUUGUUGAAAAGCUACAGAAUACAGAAUACAACCAGCCUAUUUGUUUUACUCACAGACACAAAUAUAGCGAGUAAUAGCUAAGUAUAUGUCUUUGUCAAUUAUGUUGGUGUUGCUUAUAUGCCUCGUUUUCACUUAUAACUUCACGAAAAAUAAACGGAACAUAAAAUAUCACAAAGCAUUACUUAGAGGGGGUGAUUAUCUUUCAAACGAGCCCUCACACAAGGUAAUCAGAUGCAUAGAUCAUUAGAUAAUCCACACAAAGCUCAAUGUUUCAUAUGACCACCAGGAGAUGUCGCCAAAUACAUGACACAGACUCAAUGAUGACUCAAAUGACACAGACUGAAACUCAUUCUGUGAAAUCUCAUUACUAAAAUCAUGUCUGCAUGCUAUGCAAACCUUUAGUCAUUGUUGUGUUUGCAUGUGUAAUUAGUUCUUAUGUACAAUUAUUAUGUUUAUUUGUUUGGAGAUGUUUUUGGCAACAUGGAGGCAUUUUUGUACACUAGGAUAAAUUAUUUUUGUAAUGCUAUAACUUUUGAUUGCUUUGUCGUAUUGACACAAAAUCUUUCCAGAUACUGUUGACAUUGGGAACAAAACAAAGGCAGUUUUUCAGAGCUACCUUAUUUACACUUAUAAUACAUUCUGAGUGUCUCAGAAUAUAUUAUAAUCUAUAUCAAUAAAAAUGUGCACAUUUUUCUAUACUAUGAUACCAAACACUUGAUCCUCCUUGUUUUUUGUCAAGUUUUAAGCCUUUCAUUUUCACUAUUUCACUGAAACAGGAAAUCUUUAGAAACACCUUCAGAGCUUAUUAACUUACUUUUCAUAGUUACUACAAUAUUACUAUAGUAAAACCAUGGUUUCUGCCAAAAAACAAAAACAAAACAUGUUUAGCCAACAGCAGUCAUGGUUACUACAAUAUUACUAUAGAAAAAUGAUUACCACCAAAAACUAUGGUUACUACAGUUUACAAUAUUUACUAUAGUAAAACCACAAUGACUACAAAAUUAUGAUUUUUACAACCAUAGUUUUCAUUUUCCUGUAUUAUCACUAUGGUUUCACUACGAUAUCAUGGUUAAAAUAUGGUUACUGUAGUAAAACCAUCGUAAAUGUAUUAAAUAUGGUCAAAAAAUUGCAUGGGCACACACAACCAUUUCAGAAAAAAAUCCCUCAGGGGCUCCUUACUGAUUGACUAGUCAGUUGUAAGACAACUAGUUGACCGUCUUGACCCAUCCCUGUCACUGUCAGAGUAAAAGCGGGUUCAGGAUUCUAGAUCACAUGGUGAGUGCAUCAAAAAAGAUAAAUAAACAAGGCUGGAAUUCAUGUAUGAAUGAGUGAAUCAGUCAUUUAAUAAUUUGUCUGUAAAUACCAUUCACUGCAUUUAAUUCAUAAGUAAGAUUAAUUUAAAUAUAGAUCAUAGUUGGUCUACAACAUUGUUUUGGAUCAUAUUCAUCUGUGCAAACAUACUGAAUUCCCUAUUACGGGUCAACAAGGAAUGCUGUAUAAAACAUAAUUUACAGUAGUGUUUUAAUUUACAGUAUAUUUACAGUUUCACUUAAUCCGGCAGCUGUGACUUCUGUCUAUGCAGUGAUUGUGUGUUUUUGUGAGGGAGAGAAAACGAUAGUGUGUCAUACAUGUAUGUUUCUGAUCACACAUGUUUGUGUAUGACUACUAAAUGCUCUAGUGUGAGGUUUAUUCAGCAGUGAAGAGUGACACACUCAUGCUGGUACAUUCGCCCCCAAAAAGUGUUUGAACACUUAAAAGUCACUUUAAAAUGUCUGAAAGUCAUUGCAUUAGUUACAGUGGUGUAACUUUGAUCUUGUGGGCCCUGGUGCAAAAAAACUUGAUGGGGCCCCUUGCCACCCCCACCCACUCAUAACCUACAAGAAUUAACUUAAAAUAUAUGACAUUAUAAUUGAUAAUAGAUUUGAUCCUCUCAAGGCACCUUUUCAGAAAUUAAGAAAUGUCUUUCUUAAAUUAUUAAAAUGGAAUUCUACAAAUGAGUUGUGCUAUUUAUUCUGAAAGGCUGCAUUUGACUAAGUUGCACAGACGCACCACACUGGCUUAGGAAGAUUUCCCAAGAAUCCCUACGAUGUCAAACAAAAAAUGCAGAGAAUCAUUCGACGUAUCGCUUUAAAUGAGUAAUUUCUAAUUAGAUAUUCUAAUUAGUGUUAGAGUAAGAUGUUAUGUUAAUAAUAAACUAUAAUUUAGAAGUUUUUAGAUUAAAAAGGUCACCAAGGAUGAGAUGCAUAGUGUGUAGUCCACCUACAUAUAUAAAGCAGUUCCAUAUGAAUAUCAGUGGUAAUUGCAUGUGCAGACAGUUUGACAUUUUAAUGGUCAUUACGGGCCCCCUUGGACCAUGGGCCCCAGUGCAGCUCCCCCUCCCGCACUGCCGGUAGUUACGCCACUGAUUAGUUAACAAAAUAUAAAAGCAAAUGCUACUUAAGCUUUUAUCACAACUAACUACAAUUUUUGCUACAUGACUUUUAAUCAACUGGAGGUCACGGUGAUUUUUAUUGUUUCAAAUAAAUAGCACUUACUUCAAUUAUUUUAGUGUCUAAUGCAACAUUCAGUCAUUUAUAAGUAUGACUUAAGUGCCCAAUAUUUUUGGGGGUCACUCUAUAUCUCUAAUAUACUCCUAAACAUUCCAUUUUUCAUGUUUGAGCUGUGUUUGUGUACGCAGAGUAGCACCUUUAAGCAUUUUAAUUAUUUUUGAAAAUAUAUCUAAUUCAAGAAAAUGUUGUUGUUGAUAUAAAAUCAUGCUUUAUUUAUUAUCAUCUUCUAUCUAUGUGAUUUUAUGUACGUCUAUGAUGACUUUAUAGAUUUUAUAAUUUUUUUAAAAAAUGUUUUGUGUUGUAUUAAGGCUGAAUUAAGUUGUGCUAUGUCUCAUAAUCAUGUUUAUCAAUGUUUAAGAUUAUUCUGUAUAUAUUUAGUCUCUUGGCUGAGCAAGAAUACGAAUCACUAUAGACUUUAUUCACAGCAGCACCAUCCUUUAUUUUUGCCAGGAAUGACAACAGCUGUGAGGGAAAGACGUACGGCCUCUUCAAUGGGUUGUACUGUAUUUUAAAGUGUUUUUGGAUCGUUCCACGGACAAAACAUUGAAAAAACAUAUUUUCAAGAACAUUCAGUAGACAAAACACUCCAGACAACAUGAGCUGUGGAAAAUCAGAUGUGUGCCAUUGAAGAGACUGUAACUCGAUCCCUCACAGCCUCGUUUCCAUUCCCAUUAAAAAUCAAAGAUGGCGCUGCCGUGAAUAAGGUCUAUGCAGAAUAAAAUUGCCUUAUUUGGUUAGUGAAAGUUCUUUAAUUAAUGUGAAUAUGAUUCAAAUCUGUCACCAUAAUCAGUCAGUGUUUUGACAUUUCUCAUUGUUCAUUGGGUGAGUCUUUGCAGUAAAAUGUACAAUAUGUUUUAAACAGUAAUGAUGUAUUAUAUGUUUGAAGUAUUAAGAGAUUUAUUUUUGGUCUGCAUGUGAUGACAUAGUAAACACGGGAGGAUCUCACAUUAACAUAUCUGUGUCAUAUUUCAACUCAAAAUAAAGAAAAUUAAACCUUU